GAACUAUACGUUGCGCAUAAAGAGUUGUACAUCCUCAGAUUUUCUCCAUUUGGACAUCCGCCAUUUCAAUAUAUAUAAAGCUUGGAUUGAUUCACUUCCUUCCCCAAUCUAAGUUGAAAAUGCCAUCCUCUUUGCAUGCUCCGCUAUACUCCUCUCUCUCAUCUUCCUCAGUUCUUCAGGACAGAAAGCUGAGAAAUGCAGUUAAUUUCGGGAAGUCAAAUUUGAUUUUCAAGCCUCGUCGAUCGUUUCCUCCAAUUCGAGCUUCCACUGGCUUCUCUUCUUCUCUCGAUACCGGUUUGAGUACUGAAUUGGAUGCUGUAGCAAGUCAUAGUGAGAUCGUUCCAGAUACAGUCAUUUUCGAUGAUUUCGAGAAAUUUCCUCCAACGGCUGCUACUGUAAGCUCUUCUCUGCUCUUAGGCAUAUGCGGUCUUCCUGAUACAAAAUUUAAGAGUGCCGUAGACAGAGCUUUAGCAGAUUCCGAGUGUUAUGGAUUGGAGAGUUCUGAUCUUCAGAUGUCUUGUUUCUUCAACAAGGCUUUAGCAAACGUUGGUGGUGAUCUAGCAAAGCUUGUGCCUGGUCGAGUUUCAACUGAAGUGGAUGCUCGCCUCGCAUACGACACACAUGGCAUUGUGCGAAAGGUGCAUGAACUUUUGAAAGCCUAUACCGAAAUUGAAGUGCCUCCAGAACGAUUGCUGUUCAAAAUUCCAGCAACUUGGCAAGGAAUUGAGGCAUCAAGGGUGCUGGAAGCUGAGGGUAUACAGACACAUUUGACUUUUGUUUACAGCUUUUGUCAAGCUGCUGCUGCUGCUCAAGCUGGUGCUUCUGUCAUUCAGAUUUUUGUUGGUCGCCUGAGGGAUUGGUCUCGCAAUCACACUGGUGACUCUGAAAUUGAUAGUGCUCUUAGAAGAGGAGAAGACCCAGGGUUGGCUUUGGUAACAAAAGCUUAUAACUACAUCCACAAGUAUGGGCACAAAACAAAGCUGAUGGCUGCAGCAGUACGGAACAAGCAGGACGUCUUCAACCUUUUGGGCAACUUCAGGGUGGAUUACAUUAUUACCCCAUUGAAGGUAUUGCAAUCUCUUAAAGAAUCUGUGACCCUACCUGAUGAGAAGUACUCAUUUACACGAAGGUUAUCCCCACAAUCAGCCGCUGCCUUCAAUUUCACUCAAGAUGAGCUUCAAAAGUGGGAUCAGUAUAGCUUUUCGUCAGCUAUGGGUCCUGCAUCGGUGGAGCUCCUCACUAUUGGAAUGGAUGGCUAUAUUAAUCAGGCUAAGCGGGUUGAAGAAUUGUUUGGCAAGAUAUGGCCACCACCAAAUGUAUGAAAAACGCAUCAUGCAACAGCACGAUGAACCUUGGACUCGGAGUCUUGAACCCACCUAGCCUCAAGGCUUAAGUGAGAGUUUCAUACACAAUAUGUGGGUUUAAUUCUCACUGUCCUUCCAGCGUCUUCACUGACUCCCUUAUGUAAUAAAAAGAAUUUUUAAAAACUCAUCUAGCUUUUGGGGUUUCUUUCUUGUUUCUCCUUCCUAUAUUGUUUGAAUAGCCGCCAAGUACUAUUUUGAAGUUUAAUAGCUUUGGCCUUUGCAUA